UUUCAUUACCCUAUCACCUAUUGCCCACUUUUCUGGACACAAAUAAUCAACCCAUUCUCUUUUGUAGAUCUCUCUCUCCCAUGAAUCCUCUCUAUCCAUCAUCUUCCUUUGUGGAGAAACAAAAAGAAGAACAAGAAGAAGAAGAUCCAAACCUUAAACUCUAUAUUUUCUCUUCUACCUCUCAAGUAGUAGCUGCUGCUGCUUCUUCAUCUUCAUCUUCACAACUUGCUUUUACCAGUUGCUUCAGUACUAGUAAUGCCACUCAACAUGAUUAUCAAACAAUGAAUCUUCAUCUUCAUCAUCAUCUUCUUCAACAAUCUCACCACCAACUUCAUCGUCAUCAUAAGGGUGAAAAAUCCAUUAUUGGAGGAUCAAGGGAAGAGAAUGAAGUGAUAUUUUCAUCUAACAUGAGGGAGGCUUCUGAAAGAUCAAGAUUAUUAGAGAAGAAAGUAGAGGAUGAUGAUCAUCAGAUGAUGAAGAAAGAAGAUCAUAAUGGGUCAGCAAAAUAUUGGAUGUCUUCAAAGAUGAGAUUGAUGCAAAAGAUGAUGAUAAACACAAACAAUAAGAAAGUUAUUAAUGGUGGUGCAAAUUCAGAUCAUCAAAGAGCUACAAGAAAUUACAACAACAAUAAUAAUGAAGGAGAUGGUGGAAAAUGGGAAACAAUGACGGGAAAAUCCUCAUCAUCAUCUUGUAAUAGAAAUAUUGGAGUACAAAACAAUGGUGUUAGGGUUUGCAGUGAUUGUAACACUACAACCACUCCUCUUUGGCGCAGUGGUCCUCAAGGUCCUAAGUCGCUAUGUAAUGCUUGUGGGAUCAGGCAGAGGAAAGCAAGACGAGCGAUGGCGGAAGCUGCAAAUGGCGGUGGGGGGUCGGUUGUUGAAACGACACCGUCGGGGAAGAAAGAGAUGCACAAGGAGAAGAAAUCCAGGUUGAACUGCGAUGGAGAUAGUAAUGGUGGCAAUGUUGGUGAUGUGAAGAUCAACAAGUGCAAUAAUAAUGAUGAUCAUAAAUCUUAUAAUAAUUUGAAGUCACAAAGUGAAAAAGGGAUGAUGAAUAAUGAGGUUUCAUUUGAUGGUACUCAUAAUUUCACUUUACGUUUGAGCAAAACUAGUGGCCCUUCGGCUUUUGGGAAAGUGUUUCCAAGAGAUGAGGAAGAAGCCGCCAUUCUUUUGAUGGAGCUUUCUUGUGGCCUUCUUCACAGUUGUUGAGGCACAACCUUUUGAAAAUUUUUCCCACUUAAUGUUUCUUUUUUCUCUUUUUUGGUUGAGAAAUAAAUCAAUGAUUGAAUCCUUAAUCCAAUGAUAAUAAAGCAAAUAUCUACAACUU